AUGUACCUCUACAACUUCCCGCCCGUCUGUCUGGGUCCGUUGCCCCCCAAAAUCCCGAUAGCCUUGCUGCCCUGGUUCCUGUUCCCCAUACUAUCCCUUGUACCCAGUACGGACAUUGCUCGAAUAGAAGACUUCAACAUGCCUAGCCAAAUUGCCGCGCCCAUUCCGGUAACGCCGCCUCGCAAGAGCCUCCGGCCUUACUCUUCUACAGACCUUUUCACGAGUCUGAAUGCCACUCUUGCGGCCAAGGACAACCAACGAGCUACCCCUAUCCGCACCAUUCAAGAGCGUGACUGGGAUGUUCCGGCACCGCCGCCGCCUAGCCCUGUGAGCUUCCACCCGGAUCACUGGCAGCGAACCCUUCGUCAUUGA